UCUAUUAAGUAAAUAAUUCUCCAUUGGAGAAACUCUUACACCUUCAUGAUUUUGUAUAUAUAAAUGGUGGGUGAGCUGACUUACGGGUCUUCAUUCUAUAUAGAGUUGGAGAUAUAUCUUUCUUUCAGUUCCACAACUUCACAAUCUUUAUUUUCGGUUACCAUCCAGUUGGAGCUCACUUAUGGAGUUUCCUUACCUAUCCAUCUUUAUCUCUCUCAAUCUUGCACUGGUGGCAACCCAUGCUGCCUUACCACCUGAAUUGUAUUGGAAGUCCAAACUUCCCACAACUCAAAUUCCAAAAGCCAUCACAGAUAUCCUUCACCCAAGAAAGGGUGGAACAUCGAUGGAUGUUGGAAAAGCCAGAAGGAUGCAACCGCUGCUUUUUAUAUAUUGGCCAUAUGAUGCAAGUGUUACACAAUUACAUGAUUAUCAAAAUCUGGACUUGUUCUUCUUUGAAAAGGACUUGCACAAUGGUACAAAAUUGAACAUGCAAUUCACAAAGACCGGAGCAACAUUCUUGCCUCGUGAAGUCGCUAAUUCCAUACCAUUUUCAUCAAACAAAGUGGAAAACAUCCUUAAUUACUUCUCCAUCAAGCAAGGAUCAGCGGAAUCUGAAAAUUUGAAACAAGCCAUUGGUUAUUGUGAAACGCCUACUAUCGAAGGAGAGGAAAAGAGUUGUGUAACAUCAUUAGAAUCAAUGGUUGAUUUCACUACUUCUAAGCUUGGAAACAAUGUUGAAGCUGUUUCAACAGAAGCGAACAAAGAAAGUGAUAAACAACAAUAUAUAAUAGCAAAAGGAGUUAAGAAGUUGAGUGAGAACAAAAUUGUUGUGUGCCAUCUACUGAGUUAUCCAUAUGCAGUGUUUUAUUGUCACAAAUUACGGGCAACUAAAGUUUACUAUUUGCCUAUGGAAGGUAUUGAUGGUACCAAAGUUAAAACUGCUGCUAUUUGCCACAAUGAUACUUCACAAUGGAGUCCCAAGCAUUUGGCUUUUCAUGUACUCAAGGUUCAACCUGGAACUGUUCCAGUUUGCCACUUCCUACAACAUGGUCAUGUUAUUUGGUUUUCAAAAUAAAACCACCAAUUCUAUAUCCUUCAAUAGUAACCACUAUACAUAUAGAAGCUACUUCAAAAAUAUUUAAUACAUAUAUUAUAAAUUAAGUUACUUUGAAUGUCCUACAAUAGAGACUGAGUUCAAAUCUCCUCAAGUAUGGUUUUAAAAUGGUCUUCAAUGUAACUUUAAAUUAAAA